UCCGCACAGCCAAUCAAAGCUCCGUAUCCUGAAUAUUGUAGGUCCCGCCUACCCGGAGCCAGCCAAUCCGGACGCGCCCCGCUCCUAGGGAGGAGGGAGGGGGAGCCGCUCUUCUCCCGCGCUGGGUACCCGGGGCCCGUGCAACCUGGCCCUGGAUGCGGCCCCGGCAUGGAGGCGCCGAGCAGGAGCACGCGAGGCCGAGUGAUGAAUCCUCCCAGCGUCCUCGGAAACAACAGGCAAGUGUACAUGGACUACAACGCCACCACACCCCCGGCGCCAGAGGUUGUGCAGGCUGUGACUGAGGCCAUGCAGGCGGCUUGGGGAAAUCCCAGCAGUCCAUACCCGGCAGGUCAGAAGGCCAAGGACAUUAUUGGAACCGCUCGGGAAAACCUUGCCAAGAUGAUCGGUGGGAACCCCCAGGACAUCAUCUUCACCUCAGGGGGCACUGAGUCCAAUAAUCUAGUCAUCCACUCCAUGCUGAGACACUUCUGCCAGACAUGCAGAGUUCAGGGGUGUCCUGUGGAGGGGGCCGUACCCCAUUUCAUCACCUGCUCUGUGGAACAUGAUUCCAUUCGCCUCCCCCUGGAGUACCUGAUGCAGGAAGGAGCGGCUGAGAUCACCUUCGUCCCAGUGUCCAAGGUGAGCGCACAGGCCGAAGUGGAGGACAUCCUGGCGGCUGUGCGCCCCAACACGUGCCUGGUGACCAUCAUGCUGGCCAACAAUGAGACAGGAGUCAUCAUGCCCGUGCCCGAGAUCAGCCGGCGUAUCACAGCUCUGAACCCCAGACGGACCAUGGAGAAGCUUCCUUCUAUCCGAGUACACUCGGACGCAGCACAGGCUGUGGGGAAGUGGCACGUGGACGUGGGGGAACUCGGAGUGGACUUUCUGACCAUCGUCGGGCACAAGUUCUAUGGUCCCAGGAUUGGAGCACUGUAUGUCCGUGGGCUCGGUGACGUCACCCCUCUGUACCCCAUGCUGUUUGGAGGUGGCCAGGAGCGGAAUUUCAGACCAGGAACUGAGAACACCCCAAUGAUUGCCGGACUCGGGAAGGCGGCUGAACUGGUGAUCCACAACUGUGCGGCCUAUGAGGCCCACAUGAGGGAAGUGCGGGACUACCUGGAGGAGAGACUACAGGCUGAAUUUGGCAAGAGAAUCCACCUCAACAGCCACUUUCCAGGGACCCAGCGACUCCCCAACACGUGCAACUUUUCCAUCCAGGGACCCCAGCUGCAAGGCCGCCGAGUGCUGGCACAGUGCAGGACGCUGCUGGCCAGCGUGGGAGCCGCGUGCCACUCAGACCAAGGGGACCAGCCAUCUCCCGUGCUGCUGAGCUGCGGAGUCCCUGUGGAUGUGGCCAAAAACGCUCUCCGGCUCAGCGUGGGCCGCAGCACCACCCGUGCCGACGUGGACCUGGUAGUGCAAGACCUGCGACAGGCAGUGGCCAAGCUGGAGGGCAGCCCCCGUGCCCAGAGCACCACAUAGAGCCCAGAAGCAUUUCCAGCCUCUCAGACUCACUCGUCCUGCUGUGGUCCGGGCAGUACAUGUAUGUUCACAGAUGUAUGCAUGUGUGUACUAGGUGCAUAGGUGUGUGUAUUGAUAUGCAAUGUUCAUGUCCUUGAAGGCACAUACAUUGCAUGUGUCAUUCAUUCAAGUAGCUGUGUGUCAGGCAUCAUCAAACACACACAUCUAUAUAAACAUACUUGCACACAUGUUUGUAUGUCCUGUGUCUGUUUUCAUGUACACACAUACACCCAUGUGUUUGCACGUGUUUAUUAUUCAUGUGCUUUAUGUGUUUAUUAUUUAUGUUACUCAUGUGCAACACUGCAAUGUCUUUGUGUCUGUGUGCAUGUGUAUUAUGUACAUGUUGUACAUAUAUUUUCGCACUGUGUCCAUAAGUGUGCGGUGCACGUGUGUUCCUGUGUGUGUGUGUACAUGUAUGAACUUCUCAGGCCCAUCCUGUUGGAAUGCUGGCACACAGGCCUGGGGAUCCUGUCCCAUGUUGUGGGGACACAGAUGUAGAAGUCACACUGCAGGUCACUGAGGAAUGUUAUCAGACUCGUCCAUGCUCACCUGGAAAUGGGGGUGAGCCUGUUGCCAGCACCCCUUUUCUGGAAGAUGACUCCAUCCAGUAUGAAAUGUGGCCUCUGCUGUGCCUGCCUUGACACCAGAGCUUUGGUGGCUGGAGACCCGACAAGAACAGAUCAUAACUAAUAAAAAAA